GAGAUCCAGCUGUGGGGAAGAGUGCUUUAGCCCAGAUGUUCCGCAAUGAUGGGGCUCAUUUUCAGAAGAACUACACACUGACAACGGGCAUAGAACUGUUGGUGAAGGUUGUAUCAGUUCCAGAGUCAAGUAAUAGUGUGGAAUUCUUCAUUUUUGACUCUGCAGGAAAAGAUCUAUUUUCUGAAUUGCUGGAGAAACUGUGGGAGCAACCCAACGUCCUGUGCCUCGUUUAUGAUGUCACUAAUGAGCAAUCUUUCAACAACUGUGCCAAGUGGUUGGAGAAGCUGAGGUCUCAAGCAGUUGGAAUGCACAUCCCAGGUGUCUUAGUGGGGAAUAAAACAGACCUAGUUGGUCGUCGAGUUGUGGAGCAGAAACAAGCACAGGAGUGGGCUGAGAAACAUGACCUGGAAUACUGUGAAAUGUCAGUGAAGGAGAUGAAAAAUUUUGAGGUCCCUUUCCACAUCCUGGCAAAGUCAUUCUACCAAAUGUACAAAGAGAAAGUGGAAACUUUUCACUCAGUAUCUUGAGGGUCAUGACUGGAAUGACUUAUUUAUCCUCUAAGCUUCUUCUAGUGCCCAGAAUCCUGCAGGAUGGAAUACAGAGAGAAGAAAAAAAAUGAGCUAUUUGCUUCUUCGUGGUCGUUUUCUGGUAAUUCAAAAUAAACUAGAAAUAAACAAGUGGAAAGACA